AUGUCAAAGCGGCUUCGAGAUCCAUCACCUAACCUAGAUUUUAGACCAGCCAGAAGAGAGCGCCCUGCGCUGACUGCAUCUGACCAGUACACUAGACCAGCUUCACCUUCCAGGCGUAGCUUGUUGCGAGAUAAUUUCGCUCGUGGACCGAUGGUCCCUCGUUCUCGGAGUCCUAUCCAAGAGGGUCGUAGGGACCGCCAUACAGAGAACUAUAUAGCCCACAGACGACGAUCACCGUCCCCCCGUGGGGCUCCUUCUGCAUACACCUCUGCCCCUGGAUCGAUUUCUAAUUCGAGACGGUCAUCACCAUUCCUAGACAGGGUCAGUGGUUUCCAGUUCGACAACAGGGUUAGGUCACCGGCAUCUCAGCCAGUUUCCUGUCGUCGCUUAUCGAAGAACUCGGAACAUUCGCCAUCCCAUCACGAGCAUGCAACAUUGAGCAAAACCAAGCCGACUCAAGACGAGACAGGACGUGAUUUUCCGCUUCUGGAUGGAGCCGGUUGCUCUUCAGAGAAAGGACCGGACUCUGAUAUUUCGGGUCGGGCUCCUUCCCUCGAGAUCCAGGGGAAAGGCUCUAGUGAAUUGAAUCAAGCACAUUCUGGCAGUAUUCCAAGCUACCCAAGGGCAUAUAGCACAGCACAGGACCAUUCACCGCCAUCUGGUCCCUCCCAUGGGCCCAAGUCCUUGUCUUCGCAAACCCAUAGCUCAAACAUAUCGCUACUAUCGGCUCCCACUCGUCCUCGCGGAGGGCCGAGCUUCAAGGAAAAUGUUUGGACCAGUGUCCCCGCCCGCCGUGGACCCAUGUCGGCUGGGACCUAUGGGCCCCCGACUGGCCCGCGCAGUGGCCAUAUGCCAGGGCCGGGUGUGGAUACUCAUCGUCACCCUACCUACCGCCAAGGAAGUGUUACGGGAGCCCCCUAUCCUCGUACCCCGAGGUACAUGAAUCAUCUUACGGGCCUUUGUUCGAUUAUAUCAGGGGGGAGAUGCUUCCCAUCUGACCUAGAUGCCCUCACGGAAAAGCGCCUUUGGCAAUUAGACGCAGACAGGGAUCGGCUUAUGGAGCAGACUGCAGACACUCAGAAAUCAAAACGAACUGGAAUGCGGGACUGGGACAGACUAGAUAGAGAUAGCUCCAUUUGCGCUUUGAAAAGUGAACUCGCAGAGGGACACCUGCAGCGGAUUGCGGAUGGUGAAAGCGCACAUGUUAGCGCGAUCUUCUGA